UUUGGCCUUGAACUCUCUUGGUCAUAUCGAGUCAGGCCAGGCCAUGGUAUCGUUGGACACAGCAAAUUCUGAUGCUUCAGUUGAGUCUGUAUAAUAUUGAGAACUUAGGCUUUGGCAUUGAAAGAAUAGGAUAAAAUAACGAGUUUAUACAAUUCUGUAGAACUAUAGACUGGGGCUCUGUCAAAUGUUCUUGAUUUGUUUAUUCUCUUGAUAUGACAAACAUAGUUACUUGGAACUGUAUGACUUCAUCAUCGUUCAUGAGCCUGUCGAUUCUUGGCGAGUGAUGACUAAGCGCUCGUGGAGAGGAAAAUCGUUCGCCGAAUUCCCAAAGCAGAGGGCGAGCGAGACCAUCGUCGGUUCAGCCAUAGCCCACCCUUUUUUGACUCCAGCUCAGCAUUAGAAGAGCGCGUUUCGGCAUGCCGCCCCGUCUCAACCUUUUCAACGCGAGGACUGCUGUCCCGGUCUUUCGCCAAACCUCUGUCAACGUUUCCCGACCCAGUAUCGCUACUACUAUCAACGGCAGCCGAUCCACCCACCAUGGCUUGAAGACUGGCUUGUCGUCCUCGAUGCGAAUGCAGAAGAGAUGGAAUUCCUCAGCGUCCGGGGGAGACAAUUCGGAGCGACCAAAGGCUCCCACAGAGGACCCAUUACCUCACGUUAGCGAGGAGGCCGCGGAGAUAAGCAAGAUCAUGGACAAGAAAUGCGAUGGCACUCCCGCCAGUCCGGAGUUGGAGCAAGGAACGCCUAUCUCAGAGAUUCUCCAACGGGACAAAGAAGCCCGGAAACACAUGCCCAAGGUCAUGCAGGACCAGAUCAAAUCAUCGACUGGUACUCGGUCGUUCUCGACAUCCACUCGUCGGAGCCAGGCCGAACUACAUGGCCAAGGAAAGAGCUUCGAUGAGCAAACUGCCGCAGUGAUGGCCAGCAUGAUCUCUCAGGUCAACCAGCAGGCUGAGGAACUUCAUGAUGGGAUCAAGUUUGACCCUGUCGAGACCCUUCCCAAGACAGAGAACUUCCGCACAAGAUAUGACUCGCUGCUCGAACAAUUUACCAAACUCUUAAUGACGGAUGGCAAACUGAGUAGGGCCCAGAAGGAUAUGGCGUUCAUUCUGGACCACCUCCGGACUGCUUCUCCGCCUCAGCCCAACCCGAAGCGGCCUCUGCUUCCUGGACCCCCCGCCCCGCAGCUUCCACUCAACCCCGUCCUAUAUCUCACCUUGAUUGUCGACUCUGUUGCUCCUCUGAUCAAGAUCCGCCAGCAGAAAGGUAUCGCCGGUGGUGGUGCGUCGGUGCAGAUUCCGGUUCCGCUCGCGCUGAGACAACGCCGCAGGACAGCGAUUAAAUGGAUUAUCGAUGGCUCCGAUAAACGACGUGACAGCAAGUUUGCCCAGCGAGUAGCCAACGAGCUGGUUGCGGUUGCAGAAGGCCGCAGUGGUGUGUGGGACAAGAGAGAGCAACAGCACAAGCUCGGUAUCGCAGGCCGGUCGAAUCUCGGCAUGGUCGCCGGUGGUCGUCGGUAGACUGCCUUACAUGCGUACAAACAGACGCAAUGACGGGUUGGGCAUUACAAUUGCGAGUUAUUCCGGCAUUGCAUCCAAUGAGACUUUUCUUUUUCCCUCUCUUUCUUCGCUUUGGGAAUUAGAUG